GCGUUUUAUAAUUUAUAAUUAAUAAAUAAUAUUCCUAUAUACUAUUCUUAUAUAAUAUUAAUUAUUUACCUAUCCACCUAUCCACCUAUCACCCCUCUUCCUCUCUCCCUUUCUCUUUUCUUUAUUCAAUCGAUUGUCUUAUUUUUUUACUCUGUCCAUACCUUUUUCCGCUAUCAAACUUUAUUAAAAUGACUUUGAGUAUCGAUAUCAACAGAAGAAAAUCCACUAAUAUCUCAAACAUCAAUACUUCCUCUUUAUACACUUUGAACUCAAACUCAAGUGAUAACUCCUCAAAUCUAUCCUUCUAUGACACAACCGCAACAAAUGCCACUCUCAAUGCGAACAAUAUAAACAAUAACUUGAACAGCUUGAACAAUGAAAACAUCCUUUUCCUAAACAACGUCUCCUCCAAUGACUCAUAUUUCCUAGAAAAGAUCCCAACCUCAAACUCAAUCAUCUCAAACAAAAACAUCAUCUACGACCAAAUCAGACUCAAAAUAACCCUCAACCUAACGUCCCAUGAAAUAUCUCUAAUCAGAAACUCCUGGUCAGAAAUGACAACAAGACUCCACCAAGCUCCCACAAAUAAAUCAAACAACACCCACUUCAAUUUCAUAUCAAACAUAAACAGCAUGGACUCUUCCAUACUAUGCCAGCAACUAUACCACAACCUCCUAAUAAUGAGACCCGAUCUCGAAAAGAGAUUUCCCUCCAUAAAACACCAGGCCGUCAGCUUUGCCGGCGUCAUGAAUACCGCCAUCUUUCACCUAUCAAACUUGAAUCUUCUAGAUGACUAUCUCUAUCAAUUGGGCAAAAAACAUUCUCGAAUCCUAGGCAUAGAUUCGGUUGAUUUUCAACUAAUGGGCGAUGCCCUCCUUCAGACUUUCGAAGAUCGCUUUGGUUCCCAUUUCACUAUAGAUCUAGAAAACUCAUGGUCUAAACUAUACUCCUACCUAGCCAACAGCAUCCUCCAAGGCGGCAUCGAUCCAAUCUUAAACCUAUCCUCAGACUUUAUAAUCGACGAUAUAAUUCUAGAUAACAAUAACACCAAUACCAAUACUCCCAUUCCUACUACUCCCACUACUACUACUACUACCACCACCACCACCACCACCACCACCACCACCAACAACAACAACAACAACAACAACAACAACAACAACAAUUAUAUAAGAAACUCACUAGCGUCUUCAAACACAAACUCAACUUCAACUUCUUCAACUCUUUCCAGCACUUUCGAUACCAUCAACUCAAACUUCAUUCAAAAGGAGAACACUUACUCCUCAAUCUAUCCUCCAAACAACUCGUAUAUUAACAAUAAAAAUCUUAAAUCUAAAAACGACCCCAAUGUCAUCAUAAACAUCAAUGAUACAGAUUAUAACAGCUUCAACGACUACAGUGCAUCCGAUACCGAUACUUCGGAUCACGAAUCCUAUCUAACACAACUCUUUCCAGCAAAAACAUAUAAAAAGACUACAACCACUUCGAAAAAUAUCAACAACAAACAAUCAAUCGAUAAAUCAACUCAAAACUCUUCUCAAAAACCAAAACACAACUCUCUUGUUAAAAUGUUCAAAAAGCCAUCUUUACCCAACAUGAAUCUGAAUUUAUCCUCAAAUAAUGACAACCUCAAUCAUAACAAUCACAAUAAUAAUAACAAUAGUAACAACAAUUACAAUUAUAAUACCAACAACAAUUACAACUACAACUACAAUAACAAUAACAAUAACAAUAGUAAAAAUAACAGAAACAAAAAUAUUACCCACAAAAGUCACUCGAUUCCUGUAAAUCCUUUAUCUUUGGAAAACUACACCUACACAAACAACAUCACUAAAAAAGUUGGUUUCGGUGAGUCUUUAUCUCCUAAAAUCACAAACACUUCUACUCCUAAACUCUCAGACCCAGUCAAAAUAGAUAAUAGCUUAAAGAGCAGAUUGUUUCGCUCAAGACACAGAAUAACAGAAUCUAUAAAACCCUCCUUGACCUCAAGACCUUUUGCUAAUGACUCAAUUAUAUAAUCAUUUAUUAACCAUAUUCUCUAUUUUCUACUCUAUUCUAUUCUAUUCUAUUCUCGUCUCUAUCUUCCUACAGUUCACUUAUUUGUUUUUUGUUCUUUAUUUCUCGUUCUUUUCAUUCUUCUCUUAAUGUCACAUUUCUCCCUUUGGAUCCCUUCCAAAACCCC